AUGAAUAAUACAACUAAUGUGAUAAAAGAGGAAAAUAAAAAAAAUACUUGUAGUAGUAAAAAAAUUAAAGCACGGGAAGAAGAGGAGGAGUAUGUACAAUUUGUUGAUAUUAAUUGUAAAAAUAUUUUUGAUUAUGACUUAACAAAACUAGAUAUUAGAAAAGUAAAUAACCAUAUGAGGCUGAACGAUAUAUGCAAAUUGUAUAGCUAUUUAAACAAAAAUUCUUUUUGUUAUACCACGUUAAAUGAAAAGCCGUCAGUAUAUGAUAUUUUACAUGUUGAAUCUUAUCCCAAAGCGAAUUAUGUGAAACGGAAUAAAAAGGACGAAAAGGAUGCAAAGGAUGAACGGGCUGAAAAGGAUGAGCACCAUGGAAAACCGCAGACGCAUCAAAUUCUUAAGCAGGACGUGGGUGAAUGUGCUAUAUAUAAAAGCAAAGGGGGUUAUAAUGAACCAUGUGUAACCAAUUGUAAUUUAUCUAGCGGAAUGGAAAUAAUAAUGAACAAAAAAGAUAAGCAUAAUACAGAUGAUAGUAGAAAUAUUAAUCUUUUACAAUCCAAUCCGGAUGUACCAUAUGAAAAUAAUAAUAAGACACACAACAUAUAUAAUAAGAAUCAUUCUAAUUCACACGUGUCUGUUUCUUCGUCAAAUUCUUGUGCAUCUUCAUCGGAAUCAGUUUCUUCCUCUAGUUUGUACUCUUCGUACUCAACAACAUCAUCUUCAUCUGAACUUUCUUCAGGCAUUUUGGAAAAAAAUGAAAUCGAAAAGAAUAGUUAUUUAAAUAAUUUAAAAAAUUCUGAUAUAAUCAAAAAAUACGAUGAAAAUAAAAAAAACAUUAGAAAAAAAAAAAAAAAAAAAAUUAAAAGUCAUUUGGGGAAAUUACGAAAAUAUGAUACUAUUAGUAUUAUGGAAGGUAAUGACCAAAUCAGAAUAUCACAAAUUUAUAAUUUCGUCAAACAGGAUAGUAAUAUAAAUAUUAUAAGCCAGCUAAUUUAUACUAAUAAUGAAUGUAAAAAAUUCUUAUAUAACAGUUUUGAAUGUUUUAUGAAUAGAUGGAAUGUAUUACCCUGUUUAGGAUAUUAUAAUAAAAAUGAUGUAAAAAGUGUAAUUAACCGAAUAGAUGUUUAUAAUUUUUACGAAUUUAUAUAUUUAUUCAAUAGUUUCCCUUUGUGUUACGAGCAUAACAAACAGCUGGAUGUGCUCAAUUUUGAAAAACGCUUUAAACCUUUGGUAGGGACUACUGACAAAUGUAGUGGUGCCAACUCUGCUUCUUUUAUGAACGGAAAGGAUAAUGAAGCAGUAGCAUGUGAUAGUGAACCCAGUAAUGAGAAGGGGAAAUAUAGCCUUGAUGAAUUAAAUGGAAAGGUAGGAAGUCACAUAAUAGGAGGUAUCACUUAUCGGUGCAAUGGGUCCUCAUCGGAAGCAACACAAAAUGCAAAAAGCGCGCAAAAAGUUGACACUCCCGCUCUAAAUAUGAAUAUUCUGAACGAAGAAGCGAACUGUAGUAGUAGCAGUCGUAGUAGCCUCAGUAACAGUAACAAUAACAGUGAUAACAGUACCCCCUGUGUGUACGACGAAAAAAUUGUGUUUAACGGAAUGACGAAGGAGAGAGCACAAAGGGGGAAAAACUGCUCGUUCAGAGUUUUUUACUAUGAGAAUUUUCUGUGCAAGAAUGCAAAAUUAAUUCCUCAAGUAACAAAAAAUUGUGUUAUCCUAAAUAGAAGAAAUAGCGAAAGUUUAAAUUUUUACAUUAAUGCGAAUUUAUAUGAGAAAAUAAGGGAUAACUCUAAUUUUUAUUAUGACAAAAGUAAUAAUUAUGUAUUAACGUACAAAAAUUUUGAAUUUCUGUAUUUUUUUUGUUUUAACUGUAGAAUUUAUUAUGAUAUUAAUAUAAUAAUGGCCCAUAAAAUUUUUACUUUUACGAGUAGUAAAGAUAUGGAUACUACUAAUAAUUCUGAAGGAAAUAAUAAAAUGUACGUAUUUUUUCAGAAAUAUAAAAAAUCAUAUGAUAUAAAAAUAAAAAGACAAAAAAUUAAGCAAACAGAUAUAUAUUUUAUAUGCAUGAAUUGCAUACAUAAUAAUGUAUAUAAUUUAAAUGAACAUAUAAAUUAUUUCUCUUAUUUUUGUAAUAUCGUAAAUUCAUUUAACCAUAAUUUUGUUUUAUAUAAUGAAUAUAUAAAAAAUAUCUUCCACCUUGAUAUUCCCUUUUUCUCCUUAUAUGAUGUAACAAAAGAAGAAGUUUUAUUAUUAACUGUUCAGAAAAAUAAAAUAACUUUAAAUGAAAAAGUGAAAAAUUCACCUGCACAAGCAAGAAAAAAAAAAAUUAUAUCUCCCAUGUGUGAAACAAAUAAAAAAAAAAGCACAAAAUUAGGGGAACACUUGCCUAUUAUUGUUAAACAUGAUCGUGUUGGCAGCAGCGGUAGAAGUAGCAGUAACAACAGUAGUAGUAGUGAAAGUAGCAGUACCAGUAGUAGUACAAGUAGCAGUAGUAGUAGCAGUAUCAGUUACUGUAGUAGUAGUGAAAAGCGUGCGAGUGACCAUACGCUAGUACCCGGUAACAGAAAAUAUGCCACCCCUUCUUCUAAUAAAAAAAAAAAAAGAAGUAACAAUAACAUAAAGGCAGAGAAAGAAGGUGAGAAAAAAAGGAACAAUAAUAAAAGUGCAUUAUUCCCAAAUAAAUCAAAAAAAGGGAGGAAGGAAAGUGGAACUGAAGAAAUGAUAAAAAGUUUAGUCCAGCAUUCACGAUAUCUUGCAAAUGAAAGUAAAAAAAAAAGAAAAAAAAGAAAGAAGGUGAACGAGGAGGGUAAAACCCUGAUUGACAGUUGUACAGGUGCAAAUAGUAAUAACGAAAUUGUUGAAAUUUUUGAUGUUGCAAAAAAUGAUGAGAAAGGAAUUAAUACAAAUUGUCAAUGCACUCAGAAUGGUGGAUAUCAUAUUCCUGGGUGUGCAGCUACAAAUAGUGGAACAAAUGUCUUUGAGAAAACCAACAACAAAAGGGAUAGCAAAAGAUGCCGAGGAAAGAAAAGAAAAAAAAAAAAAAAAGAGGAGGACGAUGAAUUGUUCGAUGAAAAGUGCUUACCGAAUGAAAGCGAGGAUGAGUAUUCCUUUAAUGAAGAUUUAAAAGAUAAUACAGAUGAGGAUAUUGUGGAAGAAAAACAAAUACUAAAUGAAGAAGUAUAUAGUGGUGACUCGGGAUUUUACAUUGAUGAAUAUACAUCUAGUAGAAAAAAAAGAAAAAAGAGGAAAAAAAAAGGAAAACCACAAAAGAAAAAUGAAAAUUCUAGGACGAAAAAAAUAAUUUCUGUAAAAGGGAAAAAUGUAAGUGAGGAUAAUAACAUGGCCAGCAGUGGCAAUAACACGGUUAGUAGUGGAAGCAAUACAGUCAGCAGUGGGAACAACAUGGCCGUCAGCAGCGGGAACAAUGUUUAUGAAAGAUUGCGUAGAGAAAGAAAAGACGAGGAAUAUAAAAAAUUAGUUGAGGACUUGGAUGAAAAGGAUACACAGUGCAAUGACGAGGAUGUAGGAAGUAGAAGUAUAACGAAAUAUACAAAAGUAAUUGAUAAAAUAAAACAGUGCUUAGAUAAGGAAAACAUGGAUGCAGAUACAACAAUGAUCAGUAAAAAUAUAGUAGAGCAAGUAAUACAAACAUAUAAUAAUAAGAUGGAUAUUAAAAUGAAGCUAUUUUCUAUAUGUAGUAAUUUACUAAGAAAAGAUAAUUCCGAAUUGAGGAAAAAAAUACUAAAUGGAACAAUUAGUUGUAGUGACCUAGCUCAAAUGGAUUCAUCAGAUUUAGCUCCAAUUAGUUUACAAAAUAAAAGAAAAGAACAUGAAAGAAAAUAUUUUUAUGAAAACAUAUAUUUACGUGAAAAUUAUAUAAAUUUAAAAAAUGUAAAAAAUAAUGACGAGGAGCCUUAUCAACCUAGUGUUAUAUAUGACGAGAAGAUAGAGGCAAAAAAAAAUGAACAAGGAGAUGACCAAAAUUUGGGGGAUUAUUCUAAUCAGAAUGCAAAUAUUGGAAUCGAAAAAAAAAACUAUGAGCACCUAAAUACUCCAAGAAAUAUGACAAACACAGAGCAGGGUAUUAGUAAUAAUAAUUGUAGUAGUAGUAGUAGCACAAAGCAGAAUGAUCACAUGAAUGGGAAAAACAAAGACGACAGCACAUGUAAAUAUGAAGAUAAAUCUGGGAAUCCAUGUACAAUACCUUCUGUGGAAAAAUACACUUUCGAAUAUACAUAUAAAAAUUUAAAGUCGGCUUAUGAGCAUAUGCCAAAGUAUGCCUCUUCUCCUAUAUUAACGUUUCUAGACAAUUCAUAUAAUAGAAUACUUACCAUCAUAGAUGCUAGUAAGAAUGAGGAUUUUUAA